CCUACUCGAUCUGAGACGCACAACUGUGAUCGGACGUCAAACAGCGGCUCUCCCUCCCGGCCGCCGCUCGCCGUAGCUCCGCCGGCCACGUCCCGGACUCCUCACGGCCAUGGAGACCAAUUCGUCCGGCCUCUACCCCCACCACAAGAACGGAAAGGAGACGGUGCUCACGCCGCUCGUCCCGUCGCCGACGGCAAAGAUCAAGCGGCCGAUUCGUCAAGGUGGAUCGAUCCUUCCGGCGGGCCGGGUGUUCCGUUGCUUCCCCACCGCGACGCUGGACUAUCACUGCAGCCUCGGGCUCAUCCAUCCAUGAGCGUCGCGUUGUGCGUGAUUGGAUGCUGAAGAAAGUUUUCUGUUUUAUUUUACUGAAGAAACUUUAGAAUUUUUCUUCCCCUGCAAGCCUUCAGCUAUCAAGGGAUCUCACAUCGUACUCAUUCUUGAUCGGAUUCUCCGGCUGCACAUCCAGGACUAGAGUUAAUUCAUGGCGUGCCAUUCAACUUCAUCCCAAAGUCAUCCUAGUACAGUCUGACAAGUGCUUUGCAUUGCCCUAUAUGUGUACCUGCCAUUCAGAUUAAAUCAAGAAGGAUUGCUCCUCUUGUGUGUACCAUGCAUGCUCACUUCACUCCAACUUAACACUGACCUCAAUUCAGCAUCCACAAGCUUUCAGAUGUCAGACGUGCACGCAAACGCCUAAAGAAGCUAGCUGCUGGCCUGUAUAUAAACCACACCUCACCCCACAAUUCUGGGGGAGCAACAAGCAACUCUUUUUAUGUGAUCUCGUUCAAAGUUCAGAAAUGGCGAGCGGACUAUGCGAUGCAGCCAAGCCUCGGCGGUUUGAUCUUACCAUGUCAAGGAGGACAAGACGACCAGCGAGCUUGAUUGCCGAUGGCCAUCAAGGCCAAGGCAUCGAGGGACCCCAGAUGAUGUUACAGCCGCAUGAUCAAGUCCAAGACGCAGACGCCGAGCUGAAGACAGCGCCAGCGCAGUGUCCAUACACAUCAGAUCAUCUGCGAUCACAGCAUUCUGAAGAUACUGAGGCGCACAAGACGUCAGAAGAGUCUGGACACACCCAGGAGCAGACACCACCACAAAAAUGUGUGGAGGGGACGGAGAAGACGCAGCAGCAGCAAUGCCAAGGUAACAGCCCACGCCGCCUUUCGCUGCAGGAGCUGAUUGAAGACGAGUCCCUUGACGGCGAGAAGGGCGUGGCCACCGGAAAUCAGGAAGAGAAAGCUGCUGCUGUCCAUGAAGUUGCAGAACCAGCAGGUGCAAAAAAGGAGCCUGAGCAUGUGGCGGGAAGGAGGGUGAUCGGAAUGAUGCGCCGGUACGUGAGAGUCCGACCCAUCAAGCCCAAGCAUGCACCGGAGAAGAAUGUGGGGCCGAUAUGUUGAUGAUGCAGAGGCAUACGAAUUGGUUGAGGUCAGCGAAAAAAAUCAAUGAGCUGGGUAAAAGACUAAAUGUAUGGUUGAUCUUGUACAAUUUUCUGUUUCAAAAAGAAUGUGUUGUUGACGAGUUGUUAAUUGUAAGACAGCAUGUAAAGCAAGUUGAUAACAUGUCAUGUGACACAA